AUGCCUCCCCCGCCGCCGUCCAUCGCCGGCAAGGCCGCCUGCUUCCUCAGCUUCGCGGCGGCGCGCGACCGCUGCUUCAGCCACCGCUUCCUCGCCGCCGGCCUGCGCCCGCUCGCCGUCCACCUCCCCGACGCCGCCGACCCCGUCACCACCGUCCACAUGUGGGUCCCCGCCAGCCCGCCGCGCAACCCGCUCGUCCUCCUCCACGGCUUCGGCGCCUCCGCCACCUGGCAGUGGUACCCCUACCUCCGCCCCCUCAUCGCCGCCGGCUUCGACCCCAUCGUCCCCGACCUCGUCUUCUUCGGCAACUCCUGCACCCGCCUCCCCGACCGCUCCGACAUGUUCCAGGCCUGGUCGCUCAAGGCGGCGCUGGAUGCGAUCGGGGUGAAGAAGUUCGGGCUGGUCGGGGUCAGCUACGGCGGGUUCGUGGGGUACAAGAUGGCGGCCAUGUACCCGGACGCGGUGGACAAGGUGGCGAUGGUCUGCGCGGGCGUCUGCCUGGAGGAGAAGGACCUCGCCGAGGGCCUCUUCCCUGUCGCCGGGGUCGACGAGGCGGCAGCGCUGCUGGUGCCGCGGCGGCCGGACGAGGUGCGGCGCCUCGUCAGGCUCACGUUCGUGCGCCCGCCACUCAUCAUGCCGUCCUGCUUCCUCUGGGACUACAUUAAGGUGAUGGGCUCAGAUCAUAUCCAAGAGAAGACUGAGCUACUACAUGCCUUGAUCAGUGGACGGCAACUUUCAACUCUUCCAAAACUAAAACAGAAAACGCUGAUAGUCUGGGGGGAGCAAGAUAAGGUGUUCCCAAUGGAGUUGGCGCAUCGAUUGAAGAGGCAUCUAGAGGGGAACUCCCGAUUAGUUGUCAUACACAACGCUGGGCACGCAGUCAAUCUCGAGAAGCCCACCGAGGUGUGCAAGAGCGUCAUCGAUUUUUUCCAAGAGCCGGUCGCCGAAGAUUCAAACGACGAAAUGGUGUAGAGCUCUCAUCGAGGUGGCG